GGUGGCCACUAGGCGGCGCUCCCCCCUCACUGUUAUUCACAAUGGCGGCUGAAGGCAGUAAUGGAGCUCAGGAGGAGAGAGAGAUGCUGCUGAAAGACGGAGGACAGGAGACUGAAGAAACUCAAUGCGCGAAAAAGACCCAGUCCAAACUGGUUCUGUACCACUGGACCCAGUCAUUUAGCUCCCAGAAGGUGAGGCUGGCGAUCGCUGAGAAAGGUCUGAAAUGUGAGGAGUAUGACGUGAGUUUGCCGCUGAGUGAAAAUAAUGAGCCCUGGUUUAUGCGCCUGAACCCCACGGGAGAGGUGCCUGUGCUGGUUCAUGAUGACCAGGUCAUCUCUGACCCCACACAGAUACUGGACUACCUGGAGCAGACCUUCCAAGAUGAGAAGACCCCACGGCUGAUCCCAGAAGUAGGCAGUAUGUAUUACCACAGAGUGCAGCACUACAGAGAGCUGCUGGACUCGCUGCCCAUGGACGCGUACACACAUGGCUGCAUCCUCCACCCAGAGAUCACUGUGGACUCGCACAUCCCUGCCUACGCCACCAAUCGCAUAUGCGCACAAAUUGGCAGCAUGGAGUCUGAGCUGAAGAAACUGGCAGAAGACAAUCCAGAGCUUAAGGAUGCUUAUAUCGCUAAACAAAGGCGCCUAAAAACGAAGCUGUUUGACCACGAUAAUGUGAAGUACUUAAAGAAGAUUCUGGAUGAGUUGGAGAAAGUUAUGGAUCAGGUGGAGACAGAGCUGCAAAGAAGAGCAGAGGAAACACCAGAGGAGGGCAGUCAGCAGGCCUGGUUAUGUGGGGAGUUUUUCAGCAUGGCCGACGUUUCCCUCGCUGUCACUCUUCACCGGCUCAAAUUCUUGGGACUGUCCCGCAGGUACUGGGGCAGCGGAGCACGGGUCAAUCUUGAGACGUAUUACGAACGAGUCCUGGAGCGGCCCACUUUCCGCAGGGUUCUCGGACACGUCAACAACAUCCUAAUCUCCGCCGUGCUGCCUGCUGCCUUCAGAGUGGCCAAGAAAAGAGCACCAUCUUUUAUAGGCACCACUCUACUGAUCGGAUUGCUGGGAGGGGCUACAUAUUUCGCUUUUCACUAUUUCAAAAGGCGCAUGCUGGUUUCCUGAAGCAGUGGCAGUGAUUCAUUUCACAUUGUUUUAAUUUAUGAAGAAUCUUACGGUUUGUUUGGUUUAGUUAGGGUAUCUAUGCAUACAGUUGUGAAGAUUGUGGCACAAUAAGCACUUUUUACUCAUAAUUAGGGCUGGGUAUCCGAUUUUACUUGGUUACAGGCUGAAUUAUUUCCAUACUACAGAGUACAACACAUCAGCAUCUGUAAGCUUUUAAUCAUUGCCAUUUCAAAAUCUAGACUGCUGCCAAAUAUUCUUUACAUAUUGUUGCUGUCACAUAAACGCAAAUAUAUAUUUUCAAACUGGGAACUUUGCAGAGAAAGGAAAACACUGACAAAGCUACUUCAUACUAAGCAACAGAGACCAGUAGUGGCUUCACUUUUGAGAGAUGUUGCACGAUGUUCCACACUUAAAUACAGUCAUUGGAUCAUAUUAAUAUUGGCUUGUAUCAAACAAAAUAAAAAAUAUAUAUAUUUUAAUAUAAAUUUUGGUCACAUUAUCCAGCCUGGUGCAGUGUAAAGAACAACUGCCAGAUUCACAUGAUGUCAAAAAUGCAAAGCUUUGAAUUGGGCAUGACAGCAAUAAUAUGCAUGUUAUCCACAUUAUCAGCCUUAUGUUUGGUCUGCAAUCUCUUGACAAGAGUAUCAUUCGGGAAUUAGAACUGAAUUAAAGUUACAGUUUGUGAAAAGAUGCCCAACCCUACUCCUGAUAUCUUUACCUUUAGUCAAAAAUGUGUUGUUUUGUAGCACUUGUUUUUGGGUUGGACAAAAACAUAAUAACAUAAUAACAUUAAAAUCACUGUUCAUAAAUAUUUUUGUCGAAGUAUGUAAAUAAUUCACAAUAGACAGAAUUAUGUAAAGCUUGUCCCACCUUACAGCAGUAGUUACAAUAGAACACAUUAGUGAGUGAAGAGGACAGUUAAACAGUGUUUUUAAUACAAAGCAACAGUAAACUGUGGAGUGUGACACCUCCACAGUAAUUUUAGCGUAAAUGAUGGCUUUCAACAGCUUUAUUUGCUUCAUGUGCUCUGCUUAUGUCUUUUUUUUAAUUUUUGCUAGUUUUCACUUCCAUUUUCUGUUAUUAAGAUGUUCAUAAUGACAUCCCAUACAUUAUGUAAAGUGAGCUUAAAACUGUAAUUUAUAAUAGAAGUACAUUAACAGAUUAAAAAAAUACCAGACUAGAUUAUUGAAUAAAUGCAUUACACAACUGUCUGUAGAAGGCAUGGCAAAUGAAAAAUGUAAUAAAAACAUUGUCAUUA